AACUGCCGCUUCAACACUCGUAAACCAAAACCCUGGAAAACCCUAAAACGGCGCCUAUUUCCUUUCAGUAUAUUCUCUGAGAAGAUAUACUUGGCCUCCUCCUCCGUUGGCCGCCAUGUUUGAGUACCGUUGUAGCUCCAUCGAUUGGAAGCCAUCUCCAAUCGUAGCUCUUGCUACCAGCCCCGACGGUUCUCAGGUCGCCGCAGCUCGCGAGGACGGUUCUCUCGAGCUCUGGCUCGUCUCUCCCGGUGCUUUCUCCUGGCACUGUCAACUCAUCAUCCAUGGAGAUCCAAAAUCGAGAAUCUCGUACCUUGCCUGGAUUGGUGUUGGUUCUAAAGGUUCCUCUAGGUUACUUUCGUCUAGCAUAGAUGGCACGAUUUCAGAGUGGGAUCUUUUUGACUUGAAGCACAAGGUUGUCUUGGAUUCAAUUGGAGUAUCAAUCUGGCAAAUGGCUGUGGCUCCUCCCUCCGCUGAAGCAGGAGCUAAAGGACCUGAGCUGAUUCAGAAUGGAUACUUGACUGAAAAAUCAGAUGACGAGGAAGAAAGUGGAACUGAAGAUGAGCUUGGAGCGAAAUCAGAGGUCUGUGAUAGGCAUCUUGCAGCUGCCUGUGAUGAUGGCUGCGUGAGGAUAUACUCCGUCUCUGAAUCCGACAAGUUAACUUACUAUAGAUCGUUGCCUCGGGUCAGUGGCCGUGCUUUAAGUGUGACGUGGAGUUUGGAUGCACAGAGAAUCUUUUCUGGCAGUAGUGAUGGAUUGAUAAGAUGCUGGGAUGCUAACCUCGGCCAUGAGGUAUAUAGAAUUACAGUUGGACUUGGAGGACUUGGAAAUGGGUCUGAGCUCUGCAUUUGGUCACUUCUUGCGUUGAGAUGUGGAGUUCUCGUCAGCGGAGACAGUACAGGAACUGUCCAGUUUUGGGAUAGCCAGCAUGGAACUCUUUUGCAGGCGCAUUCUAAUCACAAGGGUGAUGUCAAUGCUCUUGCCGCAGCCCCUAGUCAUGACCGCGUGUUUUCUGCAGGUGCCGAUGGACAGCUUAUUCUAUAUAAGCUCGCUGGUGGUACAUUUAAAUCACAAGAUUUGAAACCUUCUUCCACCAUGAAGUGGGAUUAUAUUAGUUGUGCUAGGGCUCAUACGCAUGACAUCAGAGCUCUAACUGUGGCAGUGCCAAUAAGUUCCGAAGGCACUUUUCCAGACAGUUAUGCAAAGAGGAAAAGUCGUAAACAGCGCAAGAAGGACAAGCCGACUGGUUUCAGUUAUCAUAAAUGGGCACACUUGGGGGCUCCAAUGCUCAUUUCAGCUGGUGAUGAUGCGAAGCUUUUUGCAUACUCGGUUCAAGAGUUUACUAAGUUCUCUCCACAUGAUAUAUGUCCUGCACCUCAGAGAGUACCUAUGCAGAUGGUACAUAACACAGUGUUCAAUCAGACUUCUCUUCUCAUGGUUCAAGAAUCUUGUUCUUUAGAUAUUCUUCGUAUUCACAUAAGCAGUGAUUGUAGUGGGCGUGUCUCCACUAAGCCAUUAGUUCGUGUUAAAAGUAAAGAUGCCCGGAAGAUCAUAUGCAGUGCAAUUUCUAACACAGGAUCACUUUUUGCGUAUUCUGACCAAAUUCGCCCAAGCCUGUUUGAGUUGGAGAAAAGUAAACUUGGAAAGAAUCCAUGGAGUCCCAACAGAAAGCGACUUCCCAGUCUUCCAUUUGCUCAUUCAAUGGUCUUCAGCUGUGACUCCUCUCGGCUGAUAAUAGCUGGGCAUGAUAGAAAGAUAUAUAUUGUUGAAAUUGAUAACAUUGAGCUAUUAGAUACUCUUACUCCACGCCAGGAAGGCCAGGAAAAUGAUUCUCCUCCUCCUCGUGAGCCUCCAAUUACAAAAAUGUAUACUAGCUCAGAUGAUCAUUGGCUAGCUGCUAUCAACUGCUUUGGGGACAUUUAUGUGUUCGACCUGGAAACACAGAGGCAGCACUGGUUCAUGUCAAGGCUCGAUGGUGCAUCUGUUGCAGCCGCUGGUUUUCAUCCCAGGGACAAUAACAUGCUUGUGAUCUCGACCUCUUCAAACCAGGUCUUUGCAUUGGACGUGGAGGCUAGAGAGUUGGGCAACUGGUCGUUGCAGCAUACUUUUUAUUUGCCAAAGAGCUUCCAAGAGUUUCCUGGUGAGGUCGUAGGGCUAUCAUUCUCCCCAUCACCAAGCUCAUCAUCUGUAAUCAUUUAUAGCUCCAGAGCAAAGUGUUUGAUUGAGUUUGGGAAGCCGACAGAACAAGGCGUAGAGAUGGAUUUGACAUUCGGCAGCGUUGGAUUGGAGAAACUGGGAAGCGGGAACAGAAAGCGUAGGUUGGAGGAAUAUAAAAAAGAGAGCAAGAAGGGUAAGGAGAGAGAGACGUUUGAAAUGGGAACUUGGAAGCAUCCGGUUUUAUAUCUAAGACAUCUAUCAAAAAGUGCAACAUUGGUGGUAGAGAAACCAUGGAUAGAAGUUGUCAAGGGUUUAGAUUCACAGCCAGUUCACAGGCAUAUAUUUGGGACAUAAAGGCAUCAGGAGUGAGAAAGGAGAAAGUUCUUUCUCUGAAGAGUUUCCAUUUCAAUUUUUGAAGUCAAGCUUUACGCAUUAGAAAAGUCGAAGAGUGUCAGUGGAAGAAGAAGUAUAGUUGCUUUCUAUAUGUUGUGCAAUAUUAUAUGCUUCGAAGGAUUUUGUAAGAGCCUCUCAAUUAGUCUGUUUUUGGUUUUGUUGUUUA